AGACUGGGUCGAGGGCCAUAUUUCUCCCUCAUGUCUUGCUUUACUAAACUGGAAUUUUCUUCACCCGAAGUUGAAGAUUUCUUACGGAAUUCUUUUAAAUCAAUAGAGGAUGAAGAUCAUAAGGAAAGCUUAACAAGUAAAACGAAUCAUGAAGAAGAUUCCUGGUUUGAUUUGCUACUGAAAUGUCUAACUAUACCACCACUAUUUACAACUGUAAGAGUUAAUACUUGUAAGAUCUCUGUUGAAGAUGCUAAAAAGCAGCUGGAAAAAUUUCUUUACAUGCAAUACAAAUCAAAAGGGCAGGACUGUCCAGUAGUCCGUCCACAUCAUUCUCUUCCAGAUGUCCUUGUCAUACCAGGAACAGGACCGCAUGACAUGACGCCAUCCAGAAAGGAGAUCAUAGUAGACACCAUCUGUGGGACGGCCGUUCUAAGAGGUGCUGAUGUCUUUGCGCCUGGAGUCAUGGGUGCUCAUCCAGGAAUACAAAAGGGAGAUGAAGUUUCAGUGUAUGCAGACCUUGAUAAUGGCUGCCGCAAGGGAUUCGCUAAGCCUUAUGAAGGAAGAAAGAUGUUUGUUGGUAAUGGAACGGCGCUCAUGUCAAGGAGUGACAUUUUUUGUGACAAUUCGAAUAUCAGCGGCGUUGCCAUACAGAUGAAUAAUGCUUUAUAUGACUGUCCAUCAUUGAGUGGUGUCUUACCGGGUCUGGUAUUCCCUCAGAACCUGCCGUCAGUUGUAACAGGACAUGUUCUUGGUCCUCAGCCUGGAGAGACAAUACUGGAUAUGUGUGCUGCACCAGGGGGUAAAACAACACAUCUUGCCACUCUGAUGGAUAACAAGGGUGUGGUCAUAGCAUUUGAUAAAAAUUCCCCCAAAGUCCAGAAGAUAAAAUCAAACUGUGACGCAAUGCACCUGAAAAACGUUCACGCUUUUCACUUUGACGCUAUCAAAUCUCUGGAUCCAACAUUACAAUCAAGACAAAUCAACCCAGAAGAUGUUGGUCACCCUCCCUACCCCCCACAGUCGUUUGACCGCAUACUUCUUGAUGCACCUUGCAGUGGACUAGGACAGAGACCGAUGUCUAUAGUGCGCAUGUCUCUCAAGGAUCUUCAGUCCUUUCCUAGACUACAGAAGAAAAUAUUUCCUGCUGCGGUUGGUUUGUUGAAGGAAGGAGGUGUUCUUGUCUAUUCUACUUGUACAAUCACCUCACAAGAGAAUGAAGAGCUCGUGGCCUGGGUACUAACAAACUUUCCCUGCAUGCAUCUUUGCCCUCAGAAUCCAUUUCUUGGGAGCCCAGGCCUCGCGCACUGUGGUCUUACAGAUGAAGAAAGGAGACUGGUCCAGAGGUUUGACCCCACUACUACUCACAGUACCCCCCCACGGGAGCCAUGUGACGUCGAUACUAUUGGAUUUUUUAUCGCGAAGUUUGUCAAGAAAACUGUUGGCUAGUGAUCUGCUUGGUUGGAACGACGAUAUAGAAGAAUCUAUCAAUGCUGAGUGCUGUGAGCGAGAGGAUUGACACAAGCAGGCAUGCAUGGUGAAUAACGGGCACUAGCUUACAAAGUACUAGUCCUAAAGUCCCUUCAACAAGCCAAUGUGAGCCAUCAACCACCAUCACCAUCAUCCUUGGCAUGUAUACUAAUGUUAUCAGUAAGUUUGCCAAGCAGAUAUUACCAAUGAACUGGUUGAUAGACCUUCUAAGUGUCGCCUUCUUUAUUACUGCGUUUAAGAUCAGCGUGUUGCCGAUGAACGAAGCGAUGAAGAUGAUAAUGUAGAAGAAAACUUUGGCCGUUUUGACGCUUGUUAGGUCAUUUACAAAGCAAAGAGAGAGUGCCUUUGUGCUUGUUGGAGUAGUGGCGUUCCUGUUUGUGCUGCUUGAUAUGACUGUUGCAUUCAUCGUACCUAAAAGAAUUAAUAAGCUUUCUGUAUUAUUGUAUUAUAAAUGAAAAACAAACUUUUUCUAUUUUAAAAGGUUAACAUUUGUGAAAGAUUUUUAUUAUAAUGGCAGUGAAGUUACGUAUGCAAAGUCCGGCUUUAUUCAAAUACAGAGACUGUAAACCAAAACCCUACAAAAACACGACUGUUCAAAUCUUCCAUAGACACCAAACAAAUCCAAAAGUGUGAAACUUUGCAGCUGUAAUAACGUUCGAGAUAGUUGAGGGUCUUUGAUACAGUGCGACGUGUUCUUGGAUACAUUGCUAUGGUCAAUGAUUGACACCAUGGAAAUAAUGCGUAUUAUAAUAUUGCGUUUGGUCUGGU